GUGGCCCAGACUUCUGCUCUCUCAGACAGACAGGAAGUGGAGCGCAGGAUUCUGGACCUGGAAGUCACUGUGAAGAACCUCGAGCAGGAGAGACAGGACCUGAGGUCUCAGGUGUGUCUGCUCAAGGAGAACAGGGAGGAGAUGGAGGUUAGGUCUGCUGCUCUGGUCCACAGUGCAGAAGAGCUGACGCAGCAGAGGGCCCAGACUAAUGCUCUGAGACUGCUACAGGAGCAGAUGGAGCAGUCUCUGUGUGACACCCAGCACACACUCUCUGUGAAGAUGAAUGAGCUGCAGGCAGCACACCUACAGAUURAAUCGCUCCAGGAGAGAUUAGGGGAGCUGAGUCAGCACAGCUCCAAACACAAGGAGGAACUAGUUGCUCUUCAGAAGUCCAUCUCUGCCUUGGACAGAGAGAAGGAUGCUCUGCAGGACGAGGUGGACCAGAAGACUGAAAAACUGCUUGUUCUGCAGGAGGAGCUGUUACAGAAGGAGAAGACCCUUGAAGAUGUGARACUCACAGUCAAACACAUGGACACGUCACUAGCACAGCUGCAGGGAGCGUUGAAGAGCCGUGAGAGGGAGAUCCUCAGCCUGAGGAGGCAGCUGGAGGCAGCGCAGGAGGAGCUGGGCUCACUCAGGAGAGACAAAGACGUCUUCAUCAGAGAGAACAGGAGGCUGCAGGACGACCUGACCACGAUGACCCGGGAGAACCAGACACUUCAUGCAGAAAUGGAGGAGGCUUUUCACGAGAAAGACGAGCUGAAGCUGAGGGUCCACUCGUACAUCUCCGAAGUGUCCAGAAUAGAGAAACUUGUGGCCGCAAAGGAGCAGGAGAACAGGGAUUUGUUGGAGAGGUUUAGGACUGCCCACUCUGAGAUGAAGGAGCGGGAACAAAAGCUGCAGCAGGCUGAAGGUCAGAACACCUCCAUCCGCCUGGAGCUGCUGUCCUCUGACACUGAACGCAGACAGCUUCGAGACACCGUGGGUCAGCAAGACCGAGAGAUCCAACAGCACACAGAGGCUCUGCAGGCGUAUGAAGCCCAGCUCUCCUCUCUGCUCCGCGGUAUGGCUAAGACUGAAACAGACCUACACGSCGCUCAGGAGGAAAAGGCUGCUCUCCUCCUGGACCUGGCCUCUGUCAGAGAGCUCUGUGUCAAGCUGAAUGCUGGGAAGGAGCUCACCAGCCGCCAGCUCACCUCCAAGACCAUGGACCUAGAGAGGGUCACUGGAGAACUGGAAGAUGUUCGCUCUGAGCUGGAGCUCCUGAAGAAACAACUAGCCAGCGAGAGGCUAACGGUGCGCAGCCUAGAGACGCUUCUGUCCACGAACCGGCAGAAAGAGUUCCAAACCCAUCUGACCGCCAGCGAGAGAGAGUCUGAGCUGAAAGUCCUGCGGGACAGGCUCACUCUGGCUGAGAGCAAAAAUGCAGACCUUGGUAGAGACGUGUCCCAGCUCCAUGGUAAAGUGUCUCAGCAGCAGACGGAGAUGGAUGUUCUGAAACGACAGCUGACCUCGGAGCGCUUUGAACGUGAACGAGCCGUUCAGGAGCUGCGGAGACAGGGUCUGUCCUUUUCCUCCCCCCUCAGCGCCUCCAGCAGUUCUCAGCAGACCCCCACAGAACGCUCCCUUCUCAAAACCCUGGACCACACCGCAGACAAGUCUGCAGACAAGGCUGUCAGCUUCAAGGACUAAAGAGAAGUUCGACACAGACCUGCCAGACAUCAGUGCUCCUCGUUCUGUCCAAUCAGUGGGGCAGGAGAAAAUACAUCUUUAUAUUCCAAACGCUGUCUGUCAGGAUGAUGUAAAGUUACAGAUCAACUGUUCUGACCUUACAGCAGGACCCAGCACUCUGUGUAUAAUGUUUAAUAUUCAUGUUUUCAUAUUUUAAACUAUUAAAUUAUUACUAAAUAAAGAGGAAAAAUCCAACUGAA